CCCGGCCAGCGAAUGCGCACUUAGGCGCACGGUGGCACGAUGCACCAGCCCACGUUGUGGGGGGUGCCUCCAUUGUACGAUGCGAACCCCCGGAUACACCAAGCCACCCAUGACACUUCCUUUGAGCCCUUCCCCCACACACACAGCAAAGUGUCAAGUGUCAAGUGUCAAAGUGUCAAGUGUCAAGUGUCAACAGCAUGUGCUAUGACUGCAAUACCCCCCUGGAUUGGUGCAACGCCUGCAACACAUGUCUCACAAGCACACACAGCACACACACACGCACACACACACACACACAUUGUCACAUUCACAGCAACCACCCAAACUACCAAGAAGCAAGCAAGUGCACUUCAUGUCACAUCACAUCACCCACACGUCACAGGUACUGUGUACCUGACCGACACUCACACGUGCGCCCUUUCAUGGGUCACCAACACACAACACAGAGGAGCUCUGGGGUACCCCUGUACCCGGACGGACUGAUUGGUCCGUUGUAAUCCCCCGACCUCCCUUGGCAAUGCAUCAUUCUGAGCUCACCCCGAGACCCCCCCAGGAAUGCUCCAGAACAACAGAACCCCGUCCUUCCCCUCCCCCCCCCCGCUUGCCCACCAUGCCGCCAUGCCGCUGUGAGGAGACGCAGACAACCAGCGCGUGGUUGUUCAUUUUCCCAACGCACUCCAAGCAGCUCAUUGAACGGCCUACACGUGCGUCCCCCGCGAACAAGGAGGCCUUGCUCCACGCACCGCUCCCAAGCGCCUUCCUCCUGCUGCAGUCAACCUUGAACACACAGCCGCUGUCGUGAGCCCCUAGCCCUCAGCGCCUCACCGCUCCCCUCACUGCCCCCAACUACCCUUUGUCAAGGACGUCAGAAGGACGCCAUGGCUCCACGUACCCAUACUUCCAUGUACUCGUCCUCUGCGCGCACGCGCUGGGCAGUGCCAUCCCCGUCGUCGCCGUCGCCGCCACCGACACCGGCGCCUGCCACACAAACGCCAGCGACCACCACCACGCUCGCAGCUGCCACCCCAUCGCUAGCAACGGCACCGCACGCCUUCAUCAGCCACAGCACACCGUCCCCACUUCAGCCCGCACCACCCUCCACCUCCAGCCCUCCACCUCCACCGUUCUGGCAAGACAAGCCCAAGUACAUCCCGGCCAGCAACACCAAACAGCAGCAGCAGCAGCAGCAAGCUGUGGACACCGCCGCUGGCUCCACGUCUCGGGAUGAGGUGAUGUCCUUUGCAGACGUCACCAUCACGGCGCAGCCGCCUGCCACGGACCGCAGGUUCAUGUGGCUUGCGCUGUUCAUCACCACCCUCCUGACCGGCUCCAGCUUCUUCCUCUUCCGCGUGCAAGUUGUCGUCAUGGGCGACGAUGACGCGCUUGACCCCGGCACCUUCAUCGCCUUCCUCUGCCUCGGAAACUUUGUCAGCCAGCUGCCGUAUGUGCUCUACCUGAGCCGGCAGCUUGUGACUGUCAAGCCUUCCAAGGUGUGCUUCGUUGGGUUGCUUGCAGGCAUCUUCAACUGCGCCGCCAUGAACGGCUACGUGCUCAUGACCACAGACGGCGGCGAGGCCUCGCUGCUCGCACCACUCACCUCCCUUUGGGUCGUGCUGCCGGUGCUGUAUGGCGUGGCCAUUGUUGGCGACAAGCUGUCUGGCCGGCGCUGGUUUGGUGUGCUGCUGUCUGUUGGCGCAGGCAUCAUGUUUGCCUUCAGCGGCGGCAACAACGGUGUUGACUUCAGUGAUGGGCGCACCGUUGGCCUCUUCUUCCUCUGCUUCUUCGGCUGGGGCAUCUGCACCAUCCUGUGGCAGGUGUUCUCCUAUGAGCAGGGCGGCGCGUUUGCGGCCAGCUAUGGAGCCAAUGUCCUCGGGUUCGCACUCACAGGCGUCAUCUUCGUUGUCGCCGUUCACCGCUCCAUCGAUUGGAACCUCACUGCCGGUCACGCCAUUGUCGUCGUUGGCGGCGCGCUCCACGGGCUCGGCACACUCGCGUUCAUGCACCUGUGCAAGACCAUGCCUGAGGAGGCAGCCAUCGUUGCGCCUCUCAGCACCCUCUCCGUCCUGUGGCCCGUCUUCUUUGGCAUGAUCAUCCUUGGCGAGUCGUCUCCCUCGCUCAAGAUUGCAGGCAUCAUUGCCGCUGUCUUUGGCGCCCUUCUCAUGGGCAUCCAAAACCUGAACGAGCUCAAGGACAUGAUCUUCAAGAAGCGCGGCGAGCCCGUGGUGUACGAGCACGUGAACCUGCUUGCGGGCAAGCCUGUGGUGCGUGGCGGCUACGACGUGUCCGACGCUGUGGAGGAGGACACGCGGGUGGUGAUCCGGUCUGCGCGCGCACGCAAGGGCCGUGUGACGCUGACGCUUGAGGUGAGCGCACCGCUGCUGUCGACGACGGAUACGGAGGUGAUUCACCUGCCCACCAUCACCCUCGACCCCAACACCAUCGAGCAAGACGACGACGACGAUGGCGACGAGGACGAUGGGGAAGGCAACGACGAUGAUGAUGCUGAAGGCACCGCCACCACCACUAACAACAACAACAACAACAACAACAACAACAACAACAACAACAACAACAACAACAACAACAACAACAACAACAACAACAAUAACAACAACAAUGUGGAAGAGUGUGAGGAAGAAGGGCUAGAGUUGAGCAGUGGCUCACUGCUGCCGCCUGGUUCAGUGUCUGACAGGCAUAAGGAAACCACUGUGAUUGUUGUUGAUGACAACACUGACGAGUGA